AUGCCUACAGUGAAAAUGGAAGAAUAUGAAGCAUUGUUUAAGCAACAACCGGAACUUACAAGAGCUCAAUUUUAUGAUUUAUGUCAGGAUUGGGCAGAAAAGCAAGGAGCUAAGAUUAAGAAAGAAUUUCGUCAGUAUCGUCUAGAUGAAGAACGAUAUAUCGUGAAGCGUGAUCGAAUAUUGAGAGAUCGAUUGGACAGGUCUAAUGGUAGUGAUGCAGCAAAGAAUUAUUUGUAUGAAUUACUUGAUCUACAAAGCAAUAUGAAUAUAACUCUGAAAGCGUAUGAAAUAAAAGAGGAGGAAAUGCGACAUUCGAUUUUGUUUGAUAUACUAAAGGAAGCGACGGAAAUAUGGAAUUUAUUGGAUCCCGCACAUAUUGAUUAA